AUGUCAUCAACAACACCAAUUCCUGAUAUGAAGAAACAUAUCAAAACUCAUUCUACCUAUGCAUUUGAAAAUAAUACAAAUAGUGUUGCCGCUUCUCAGAUGAGAAAUGCUUUAAACAAAUUGGCCGACGAUCCAGCUUUAGCCAAGAGUAACGAUGAGGAAACACGUGCUCGUUUUGAAAGGGAAUUGGAUUCUUUUUUCAGUUUGUUUAGAAGAUACUUGGCUGAAAAGUCAGAUGACAGCUCUCUGGUCUGGGACAAAAUUAAAUCCCCAAAUCCAGAUGAAGUUGUUCCAUAUAGCUGUUUUUCCGAAGAUGCCGCUUUAGACCAUUCUAAAAACUUGGACAAGUUGGCUGUCUUAAAGUUAAAUGGUGGUCUAGGUACUUCUAUGGGGUGUGUUGGCCCAAAGAGUGUUAUUGAAGUUAGAGAUGGCAACUCAUUUUUGGAUUUAUCUGUCAGACAAAUUGAAUAUCUAAAUAGAAAACACGACAGUGAUGUUCCUUUGUUGUUGAUGAAUUCUUUUAAUACUGAUAAGGACACUGAACAUUUAAUUAAGAAAUAUACUGCCAAUAGGAUUAGAAUCAGAUCUUUUAAUCAAUCUAGAUAUCCAAGGGUUUUCAAAGAUUCUCUAUUGCCUGUUCCUAAAAAAUUUGACGAUCCAUUAGAUUGUUGGUACCCACCAGGUCAUGGUGAUUUGUUUGAAAGUUUACAUUCCAGUGGUGAAUUGGAUGCUUUAAUUGCCCAGGGGAGGGAAAUUUUGUUUGUUUCUAAUGGUGACAACUUGGGUGCUACUGUUGAUUUGAAAAUUUUAAAUCACAUGUUGGAAACUGGUGCCGAAUACAUUAUGGAGUUGACCGAUAAGACCAGAGCCGAUGUUAAAGGUGGUACUUUAAUUAAUUACGACGGGAAGGUCCGUUUAUUAGAAGUUGCCCAAGUACCUAAGCAACACGUGGAUGAGUUUAAAAAUAUUAGAAAAUUCAAGAAUUUUAACACUAACAAUUUAUGGAUCAAUUUGAAGGCCAUUAAAAGAUUAGUCGAAGGUGGUUCUUUGCAAAUGGAAAUUAUUCCUAACUCCAAAACUAUCACUAGAGAUGGCCAUGAUAUCAAUGUUUUACAAUUGGAAACUGCUUGUGGUGCCGCUAUCAGAUUUUUCAACGGUGCUCACGGUGUUGUUGUUCCAAGAUCUAGGUUUUUGCCGGUCAAAACUUGUUCUGAUUUGUUAUUGGUUAAGUCAGACUUAUUCCGUUUGGAACAUGGUGCAUUGAAGUUAGAUCCAAACAGAUUUGGACCAAAUCCAUUGAUAAAGUUGGGGUCUCAUUUUAAGAAGGUUAAUAAUUUUAAUGAAAGGGUUUCCCAUAUUCCAAAGAUUUUGGAGUUGGAUCAUUUGACCAUUACAGGGAAUGUAUUUUUGGGUAAGAACGUUACUUUGAAAGGUACUGUUAUCAUUGUUUGUAGCGAGGGUCAAAGAAUUGAUAUUCCGAAUGGCAGUGAUUUGGAAAACGUUGUUAUUACUGGUAAUUUACAAAUCUUGGAGCAUUGA